CUCCUAGAAGGUAUAUCUAAAUACUUUGUAAGCUUGCGAGCAUAGUACUUCAGGUAGUACUGCUGUUAUAGAAGUGUUGUAUGUCUAUGUGGUUUCAGAUGGUUGAGGUGUGGAAGGUGGCAACAUUGUGACCACACUUGGGCAUGAGAAGCAGAAGAAGGUUUGGCAUCAAGUUCACUUUAGUGUCAUUUCCAAGAGCAUCGGUCAUCAGUGGGAGACACGGACAGGACUACUGAGGUGCAUCAGUCAUGAUAACGCUCAGAAAACAUGUGUUCCUCUGCUAUACACUACAAGUGGUGUGGUGUGUGUUGGUAGUGGCCGAAGAGUGGACCGUGACCAUUCCUAAUCAGAUAUCUGGCCUGAUGGGGUCUUGUGUCCUCAUCCCCUGUUCCUUCACACACCCCAGCGCUUACAUCCCCACUAAUGUCGCCUGGUACCAGUACUCCAAGCUGCCUGGUAAAUACCCAGUCGUCUUUAGCCGCACCAAACCAGGGGAUAUCGUAGAGCACUACAGUGGUAGAACUGAGCUGGUGGGAAGGGCCUCUGAUGGAGACUGCAGCCUGAUGAUCAAUGGAAUGAUAUUAGAACAUAACGGAGAGGACAUUUACCCCUGGGUUGAUGAGGUCAGCAAGUCUGUCUUUGCCUUCUUUCAGUGGAGGGUGACACUGGAGGUUACAGAUACAGCACCAAGGCCACAGCUGUCGGUCAGUGAAGUGCAGAGGGAAGGGGGCAACGUCACUGUUUCCUGUGCUGUCCUCCACACCUGCCCCUCCUCCCCUCCCUCCCUCUCUUUCGGGGACCAGAGGGGGGUGGUCCAGGGGUACCACACCGAGGAGAUACAGGGUCGAUGGCGCGUCCUCUCCACCAUCUCGUUUGUGGCCCGAGCAGAGGAUCAUGAGAAAGUGGUGGCGUGUAACGUGACACAUCCAGGAGGCCAGACAGCUGCAGGGGAGGUGGUGCUCGACGUGAGCUAUGCCCCCAGGUCUGUGAGUGUCACAGGGGGAAGCACUGUGGUCCAGGUUGGCACUAACCUGUCCCUGUCCUGUGUCAGCGAUGCCAACCCCCCUGCCAGCUCCUACCUGUGGUACUUGCUGAGAGAUGGCCUGGUCAUGCCACUGAACCACAGCACAGAGACCGCUGCGGUUACAGACUUGCACCCAGACGAGAAUGCGUUCCACUGCACAGCUAUCAACCCUCUGGGGAGGUCCAAGCCCUCCUGUAGUUUUGUGGUCACUGCAGAAUACAAGCCAUCUAUAUUAGCAAACUCCAGCUGCUUCUACCACACUGGCCAAGUCAUCUGCAGGUGUCAGGCCCGGGCUCGACCAAGGGCCAAAGUGCUGUGGAUGGUGGAUGAAGGACCCCUGUUCCCUAGCUCUGACCCAACCACCUCCCCCCAGAACCACACGGUGAUGGAUAUCUGGGCUGCAGAGGGCACCUAUGAAAAUGUGUCUGUCACCUGUCUGGUCAACAACACACAUGGUUAUGAUAAGCUUCUCCUGAGUGUAUUUGUGAAAGCACCACCCACCAAUGUGUCCAUCAGCCAGCUCCCAGCCCGGCCUCUGGAGGGAGAAAAGGUCACUCUGUCCUGUCUGGGUCACAGUCACCUCCCAAUCAGUUCUUACAGGUGGUACCGUGUGUUCGGGGAGCAGUCAGUCCUGCUUAGAGAGGAUUCUGGGAGUUUGAGUCUCUCUGUUACCAGAGACGUGGGGCGGUUCCGCUGUUCUGCUCUGAACGAGAUGGGAGAGUGCAGUUCAGACACCAUGGCUGUGAACGUUGAGUACGCACCAGCUAUACUUCCCCUCUCCUUCUGUUCUGGGAAUGAUGGGCAGGUGAGGUGUGAGUGCGUGGUGGACUCUCACCCUGUGGCAAAGAUCAUUUGGACACCGUGGAGAAUCCAGGACAAUCAGACUCACAACAUCACUGACCUGCUCAACUGGAGGAUCCUGAGGUCCAUUCUCAUUGGGCCCAAGGUUGAUGACAUGGGUGACGUCCUCUGCAAUUCAACCAAUGAGCAUGGGAGUGCCUUCCUCAAACUCCCAUUCAUUGCAGGUGAAACGUCCGCCCAGCGGUCCCUGUUCUACGGAGGAGUUGGGGGCGCCCUGUUGCUGGUGCUCUCCUUCGCCUCCUUUUUAUUUUGGAGAUUCUACUCCACCAAGAGAAGAGAUUGCCGCGUUGCACUGGAGGAGGUUGAGCUGAAGGGGGCACUGCAGGUGAUACACCAUGAUCCUACUGACUGCCCAGGCAGCCCAGAGGCCCGUGUUCACUGGAUUUGAGGUCCAUGAGGCCUGGAGCUAAAUAACUGGGAGACAGACACACAGUCAGUUCUGUUUCAGUUCUGUGUUGGUUCAGAUCACUGGUGUAUUUACUUACCAUACCAUUUUUUCUCCUUGAAUUCUGGGCAUGAAUGCUAAUAUUUAAUUAAGCUCCUUAAUGACUGAUCAAACCAUUUUGUCUGACUGCAAUAUACAUGCAUUGAAAUUCUGUGUAAAUAAUAAUAUUGUAAUUACUUGGCAACAGAUCAUUUUGAAUAAAGU